AUGGAAGCAAUUAAAGCAGGCAUAGAAAAAGUUAAGGAAGCAGUCGAUACCAAAAAGGUCGAGCAAAAAUUAGAAAAAGCUAAUGAUCCAAAUGUAAAACCAAGUGAACGCUUAGAAGCUCAAUUAGAAGCGGACAUAGCAGCAGCUAAAGCCGCCGAUCAUCAUGAUAAAGCUGAAAUUCAUGUCAGCAAACAUGUUGCCCACUAA